GAACGAUAGAGAGACGAGAGAGCCUGGGCCCUGCGCAAGGAUGAUGAGGCCUUGCACAGUAUCUAAGCCAUGCUUCUUACCACGUGGCAGCAUCCCCUCUUCGUCCACGUGGCAGCACCAGCUUGACACUCUUCGUCCACGUGGCAGGCCCAGCUUGGCAAGCUUCGUCCACGUGGCAGCCCCUGCUUGACACUCUUCGUCCACGUGGCAGCACCAGCUUGACACUCUUCGUCCUCGUGGCAGCACAAGCUUGUCACUCGUCCCACGUGGCAGCACCACCUUGAUACUCUUCGUCCACGUGGCAGCACCAGCUUGACACUCUUCGUCCACGUGUCAGCACGAGCUUGACACUCUUCGUCCACGUGGCAGCACGAGCUUGACACUCUUCGUCCACGUGGCAGCCCCAUCUUCUUAUUGCCAGCGUGACAAGUGGCACUGCCUUCGUCCACGUGACACACUCUUCAUCUUCUCUAAGGUCUGACGUGUCAAUCUGUAUCAUCUGACGUGUCCACGUGGCACCCUCUUUAACUACUCCUCUGUUUCAUCGGCGUCCUGUGCAUCUCUCUUUUUUUUUUGCCCAUCGAAAACGAGCUGUCUUCUCCUCAUCGGGGGACAGCAGUAUUUAUUUGUCUCUCACCUCACAUAAUUUUAACUGGCUUUCUGCCAUGUCAUGGAACAUAUCGUUUUUCCCUUUCACUAUCUACCACUACUCCUAAGGCAAUACAGGGGACCUGUGCAUCUUUUGUCUUGAUCUCCUGUUUUUUUUUUGUUUUUUUUUUUUUCGCUGUUUUUCAAUUAACACCCUGGUCAUCUGAAGAGUGUCUUUAUCUCUCAUCGUUGAAAUUCUCAAGCAAUCAAAAAAAAAAAAAAAAAAAAAAAUCUCAAGCAACGGUUGGGGACAGCGACACAGAGAGCGGGAUCGGGAUAGAGGGAUGGGAAGUCGAUGAGGUUCAGUGUCAUCCUGACAGGCAGCCGGGACCUCGGCUCAGGCCGUCUCUGUCCUCACACACCGGUAUUCCGACUGGGACAGGGAUCGCGAUUGGGAUCCGGAUUGGGAUAGGGAUCGCGACUGGGAGUCUGGUUGUCCUGAGGUGGCGUGACUUUGCAGACCGCUGAGCAAAUGGGCACUCGCUUCGCUAUUUCAACUUUUGCCGGGAAUUGAAGUUUUGGCGGGAAUUCAACUUUUGGCGGGAAUUGAAGUUUUGGCGGGAAUUCAACGUUUGGCGGGAAUUCAACUUCUGGCGGGAGUACAACUGUGGCGGGAAAUCGAUCGAGGAUUAGUAUAAGUUAACGAUAAUUAUCGUUUGAUUGUGUGCUAGGGCUUCUGCAUAUUAAGUGGAUGUGCUCGAGAUACAUGGCGACAACGGAAAGCGCGCAUUUUUAUGGUGGUGCUUGACUCUGGCAGCUUGCACAGAGACAGACAAAGGAGACAUCAUCGUCAGCUCGACGUCUUUAUGGUGGUCCCAGAGACAUUCGCACCUUUGGACUAUCCGAGACAAUGCGACACGGAGUGUCUCUGCUAGGACACUCCCUAGUGUCCUCGCUUCUGUGAGGUGUCCGUACCUUAUUCCCCCGAGCACAAGACCCGGCGGCUAUAAUAGCCGUAUUUUUACUAUUUUGUGCAUUCUGGCCAAUACAGAUAUAAUAGGAGAUUAUAAGCCCACACCUAGCAUAUCACCGAUAUUGGGAGGUCUUGUUGUUAUUGUUAGACAGUCCCCUGUUGUUGUCCUUGUAGUGAACACAAGACCUGCUCGGAGGUCGCUAUAGCUGCAGCUCCAUUUACUACAUCAUUCUGGGCAAAAUAUAGAUAUUAUGAUCAGGCAUUGUGUUCUGGAGAAGUAGGUAGUGCCGUUCCUGCUGCUGUGAGGUCUCACUCGGUUCGCUCCAUCUCACCACAGUGCCUGCUGCUGUGAGGUCUCACUCAGUUUGCUCCAUCUCACCACAGUGACUUUGUUCGGGCUCGGAGGUGGCUGAGGAUCCGACUCUCGCACCGGGGUCAUUGUUACGGGAAAGGCGCUACAGGAGAAGGAGGCUGAAGAGGAGGAGGAGGAGGAGGAGGAGGGGUGGGAUUGAAUGCAAGAGGGUGGAGUAAUGGACCCUUCUCCCUCAGACCUGUUGGUAGUAGACGCCCAGUGGCAAUCUCCGCUUCUGUACUUCCUUUACAAUAACCUGGGCUGGCUGGCUUUCACUGUUUGGUCCAUCAGUUUCUACCCACAAGUGCUCCUCAACUACCGGAGAAAGAGCGUGGAAGGCCUGAACUUCGAUUUUGUCAUUUUCAAUCUGACAAAGCACUCAACGUAUUGCAUUUUCAACAUUGCACUGUUCUUUUCACCCGUUGUGCAGCAGCAGUACCGCAUGCGGUAUGGUGAGAGGGAGCUUAUCCCAGUCUCGGCGAGCGAUGUAGCGUUCUCGGUCCACGCUGUCACUCUUACUGUAGUCACUGCACUGCAGCUGCUGAUUUUCCCCAAGGGUGGGCAGACCGUUUCGCGAACCGCCAUUUGGAUUACAAUCGGAGCGUGGGCAGUGGGACUCGUCGGCGUCCUCCUGGCCAUCGACGGGGAAUUAACAUGGCUUUCGUCUGCGACGCUCUUCAAUUACAUCCAGGUGGUAAUGACUUCCAUCAAGUACAUUCCCCAAGCAUGGAUGAAUUACAAGCGGCGAAGCACGGUCGGCUGGUCGAUCGGCAACAUACUGUUAGACCUUACGGGAGCGGUAUCGGGGCUUGCGCAGAUGUUCCUUCAGUCGAUCGAUCAGAAGUCCUUUAAGAACUUUGCUGGAAAUGCUGGAAAGUUGGGCCUUACGGGUGAGACGAUUAUGUUCGACCUCCUGUUUGUCGUACAACAUUACUACCUUUACUCAGACAAACAGAGGGCAAUGGACGGCGAGGGCGGUGGGACGAGUCCUGUUCCGCUCCUGCAUGACCACCGGGAGUCGGAACAAUCACCGGCCGAAGGCAUUGCCUCCCUGUCCCACCGGCAUUAUAAAGGGUAUUCCAGUACCCAAGACCUUGAGAAGGGUGAGUAGUUCACCCUUGCCCCUUGAGACGGCUGACGACAUGUUUACGCAAUCUAUGCUGUGAGCAUUGUUCUUCUUGUCCUUUUGCAUGCUUUGGGUGUGCUAUCUCCACAAACAAAAAAAGGCUGACGACCUCACCCAGGCACCUUGAGGAGGAUGAGUAGGUUAGCCCACUACCUUGAGGAGGCUGGGUAGUUUACCCCGCUGCCUUUACAUGGCCGAGCAGCUUACCUAACCAGCUUGAGAAGGCGGAGGAGUUCACCCAGGCACCUUGAGAAGGUGGAGCAGCUGAUGCAGGCAACUUGAGAGAGGGCUCUGCCUAGUUCACCCAGCGACCUUGAGAAGGCUAAGUCGUUCACCUAUGCACGUCGCACGUGCUGUCGCUGAUGAUCGGUGGACAGCGGACACGCGCAACUGCUAGUGAGCUAGGUGAACUGAAGAGAUCUAUGCUUGGGUUGUAAUUCUGAUAUUAUGAGUGGACAGGUGUGAUUGAUGAUUGGUUAGCGCCGAACUUAGCGGUGCACGGCAACGAUGAUUGUCCGACUCAAGUCAAGUUGAUAGAGGGACUGGUUCGGCUGAGGUGGUAGUUCCGCUCCCAUCCUGCAGAGCAAUCAGCAAGUAAAGGAGUGUCCUCCCGACACUCCCGUCAGCAGCAUCGUAAGUGCCCUUCAAGUUCCAGUUCCCAGGACGCCUUCGAGAGCAGAGGAUUUCGCCCCGGCGCGUCGGGCGGAGAGGUGGGCAGAAAGGUACCGUGAACGAACGCUGCAGUUGGUGUGGAGAGCGUUUGAGUUCACAGAGUCUGGACAACGUCAGAUGCAGAGUCUUGCAGACAACUGUGUUAAGCGCUGGCCCCUCAUGGGUUCUGAAUAACGUAACAAAGGACAAGAAAGAAGGCCAGUGGAGUCUGAGUGGACACAUCUCUCUCUCUCUCUCUCUCUCUCUCUCUCUCUCUCUCUCUCUCUCUCUCUCUCCCCCUGUUGCUGUCUCUGUCUCUCGCUCUCUCCCUCUCUCUCCCUCUCUCUCACUCUCUCUCCCUCUCUUUGUCUCUCUCCCUGUUGCUGUCUCUGUCUCUCGCUCUCUCUGUCUCUCUCCCUCUCUCUCCCUCUCUCUCUCUCACACACACACACACACACACACGCACACACACACUCGUUUGCUGCAUUGGUAUAUAUAUGCGUGUGCUGUCAGACCCUGUCAAAUCUGACAGACGGAGGGAACACAGGUGUGGCGGGCAAUCUCUCCUCUCUCUCUCUCUCUCUCUCUCUCUCUCUCUCUCUCUCUCUCUCUCUCUCUCUCUCUCUCUCUCUCUCUCCCCCCCCCCCUUCUGUUGCUCUCUGCCGCUGUCUCUCUCUUUCUCUCUGAGACUCCCUCUCUCUCUGUCUGUCGGUCUGUCUCUGUCUCUCUCUCUCUCUCUCUCUCUCUCUCUCUCUCUUGCAUGUUCUGCAUGCCACAUUGAUAUCCAUGUGCUGUUAGAGCCUGUUGCAUCUGACAGAGAGGGAGGGAAUGAUGAUGGGGCAGCUGGGUAAAAGAUAGGGUAGCGGUUGCUUUCUUUUCUCAUUUCCUCCCACUCGAGUUUCCAAUGUGUACAGGGUUUCGAACCCUUGUUGUUCAGCUUGCAAUUGGGUUGUGCAUUCUCACAAAUUGAAGACUUUGUGAAGUACACAGGUUUGACAAUGGGGUUGUGCACUCUCACCGUGUCUCACGAGCCUAGUUAGCAGGUGAUGAAAAUGGGUGCUUUACACCCACGACCUGCCCCUAAAAUCAUGUACAAAUGUUGUGUGUAUUUACCUUGGGUCAUGUGGACAUGAAACGUAGACCUAUCUAUUACCAGUCUUAGGGUCAGUCCGUAGGUCUAGCUCUGUUUUCUCG